AUGCUCAAGGAAGAGAAUGAUGGUCGAAGUCCAUUAACCUCUUCAUCAUCAACAUCAUCGUCGACAGCAUCAACACCUUUACAAAAGAAACGUCGAACAUCGAUGGCUCGGGUUGAAAUGGACACACCGUUUAACACUUGUGAAGACGAGCCAAGCCGUCCAAGACAAUUAUCAUCAUCGUCUUCUUCAUCAAUCGACAGCGAAGACGAUAGAGAGUUCGUCGUCAAUGAAAUGUGUUCUCACCAUGACAACAAGUAG